UUUAUAUCGCACCCUGCAGUAAGUGAAAAAGGAGAACGGCAGUGCAGCGGUAAAUCGUGCAAGCGUGCCACCCGUCUGCACGUCACCCAACCGACGCCCGGCAGGGAAUUCAGCGGAGACACCGCGCAUGCCUCACAGCCAUUCCUGCCUUGUAAAAGAUAGUCACGAGUUAUAUUAGCUGAAACAGAUGGCACCGUCCGCAAUAGUGACGGGAGCUGCGAGCGGCAUCGGGCGCGCUGUGGCUGACGCGCUUGCUGCCAAGGGCUACAAUCUUACGCUUUUGGACCUGGACGAAGCUACGCUGCGCUCAACGGCACGCGACCUGACCAGCCGCAACAGCGCCGCGACCGGCAUCGCCAUUCGUGCCGCCCGACUGGAUGUGACCGACGCAGCGGCGCAAAAGGCCGCAUUCGCACAACACGUGGCCGAAUUCGGCUCUGUGCAGGCCGUGGUUCUGAACGCCGGCAUCGGCGAGCGGGGUUCCUUCUUCGACCCGUCCAACACCACCCAGUGGCAGACCACUCUGGAUGUCGACCUCACGGCGGUGCUGUACGGCGUCAAGGCGGCGGUGGAGGUGAUGGGUGGCGGCGGGUCCAUUCUGGCAGUGGCCUCGGCGGGAGCCAUCUUCCCCAUGCCUGUGGCACCCGUGUACGCGGCGGCAAAGGCGGGUGUGGCCCACUUCGUGCGCUCGGCGGCGCGGGGGCUGGCGAACCGGCCCGGCGGCGGCGGCGGCAUCCGCCUCAUGGCGCUGUGCCCCGAGUUCGUGGAGACGCCGCUGGUGACCCAGAUGGUCAAACAGGAUCCCGAGACCGCCAAACGGCUGCUGGGCUCCCUGGACAUUCAGCUGCUGCCGCCCGCCUUCGUGGCGGGGGUGGCAGUGGACAUGUUGACGCAGGGCGGCAGCGCGGCAGGAGCCGGCGCCGUUGCGGGCGCGGGCGCGGCGCAGUACAAGCCUGGGGCAGUGGUCCUCAUACGCCAGGACAGGUCGCUGGUGCAGCCGUACGCGGGCCGAGCCGGCGGCAAGACAAUUGGCGGCGGCGGCGGCGGGGCGGCAGGAGGCAAGGGCGGCGGCCGGCAGCAGGACGCGGCAGCGGCGGAGGUGCAGCGGCAGGCGCUGGCGGCGUGGGCGUCCGGCGGCCUUCCGCGGGAGUACAAGAAGAUCGUGAUCACGCAGCUGAGCUCCAAGUUCCGGGAAGCUGCCCGGCUGGUGGCCGCGCCGCUGCCGCCGCCUGCACAGCUGCCGGCGGCGCUGCCUGCGGGCGCGCUGCUGGUGCGCCGCGUGUACGCCGGCGUCAACGCCUCUGACGUCAACUACAGCUCCGGGCGCUACCACGCCAGCAAGGCUGAGGCGCAAUCCAAGCUGCCCUACGACUCGGGGUUCGAGUCCGUGAAUGUGGUGCUGGCGGCGGCGCCGGACGUCAAGGGCUUCCGCCCCGGCGACUGCGUGGCGGCUCUGUCGUACGGCUCCUUCAGCGAGUACGGCAUUGAAUCGGCGCGUACGGCACUGCCCGUGCCGUGCGUGGCGCCGGAGCUGGUGGCUUUGCUGACCAGCGGCCUCACGGCCUCCAUUGCCUUGGAGCAGGCGGGCCGCAUCCAGCCCGGAGAGACGGUGCUGGUCACGGCGGCGGCGGGCGGCACAGGCCAGUUCGCGGUGCAACUGGCCAAGGCCGCCGGGUGCCACGUGGUGGCUACAUGCGGCGGACCCGACAAGGCGCAGCUGCUCAAGGAGCUGGGCGCAGACCGCGUCAUUGACUACAAGCGGGAGUCAGUCAAGGCGGUGCUCAAGUCCGAGUACCCCAAGGGAGUGGACGUGGUGUGGGAGUCGGUAGGCGGUGACAUGUUUGACACGGCCGUCAACGCACUGGCCACCCGCGGCCGCGUCAUCAUCAUUGGCAUGAUGUCGUCGUACGGCAGCGGCUGGGCUCCCGGCACGUACCCGGGUCUGGCGGAAAAGCUGCUGUGGAAGAGCGCGGCGGCGGUGGGCUUCUUCCUGCUGCGCUACGCGCCGCUGUUCCGCGAGCACCUGUCCAAGCUGACAGCCAUGUGGGCGGCGGGCCGGCUGCGGGUGGCACUGGACCCACGCCGCUUCGUGGGGGUGGAGUCGGUGUUUGACGCCGUGGACUGGCUGCAGGCCGGGGGCAGCGUGGGCAAGGUGGUGGUGCAGCUGCCCCAGCAGCUGCCGCCGGUGGGGCUGGCGCCGCCGUCGGUGUCGGUGUCGGGGUCGGGGUCGGCAUCGGGAGCGCUGCAGUCCAAGCUGUGAACGUGCGUGCGCUGUUGGCGGUAGAAAGGUGGAGCUGACAAGGGUGGGGUGGGGGUUGUGCGUGCAUGCGUCUGUGUGGUGACAGUGGAUGGUUGUUGUGUGCAGGUUGCGGUGUUAUGUGGGUGGCACAGUAACAGCGGGCAGCGGCCACGUGCUGGAUGCUGAGUGCUGUCAGUGGAAUGGAGAUAGGGCGGACGGCUUGGUUUGGAGUUAUACGGACUAGACAGCGGCGGCAAUUCGGUCGCCUUGCGCAGCGCGCGGUAAGCGUGUGCGAUGGGACAGUGUCAAGGCAGGUUGGUGAAGUCCGCAGGGUGCAGCUGAUUCCCAGACCCCAGACGAUGGCAAACAAUUCGUAACGGCAGGGCAGGCGUGCGCGGCUGGUCGAACGCCGGAGUUGCUGUACCGACGAGUUGCUGGCUGGCUGGAAGUUUGCUGAUGCGCAGUCCUCACGCUCGGGCGCC